GUUCUACAAUUUCACGAGUCAAAAAUUUUCUCUCUCCAAAAACUAUUUCCAAAGGUUUGUUUAUUCUCGCUCUAAACACAAAUUUACUACCGUCGAUCUUUCCCCGACCUUAAAUCUCUCCUCUUCAUUAGUAAGAAAUAUUUUUGUAAAAAAGAUUACAAAUCCAGAAAAUUAGGGUCGAUAUUACUUCUCUCUCUACUCUUGUUUGUAGCUUUUCGAAAUCGUUUACUCUCAUUUGCCGGCGGUGAUUUCCGGAGGAUUACUUUUUCUUGUUAAGAUGGUUUUACUGGUGAUGUAGUAAACAAAAGAGAGCCUCAGAGCUUGUUCAAGUGGGUGGGUUUCUUUCUCGUAAAGAAUGGGGUGUUUUCAUUCUACUGCAAGUAGUAGGCAAUGUCCUGGACAUGAAGACCCUGUCUUUCUAGCUUCUGAAACUGCUUUUAGUGUUAGUGAAGUUGAAGCCUUGUUCGAAUUGUUCAAAAGCAUAAGCAGCUCUGUGAUAGAUGAUGGGUUGAUAAGCAAGGAGGAAUUUCAAUUAGCUUUAUUCAAGAACAAAAAGAAAGAAAAUUUGUUUGCUAAUCGGAUUUUUGAUUUGUUUGAUGUUAAACGGAAAGGAGUAGUCGACUUUGAUGACUUUGUUAGAGUGUUGAAUGUCUUCCAUCCUAAUGCUUCUCAAGAAGACAAGAUCGACUUCACGUUUAGGCUUUAUGACCUGGAUGGCACAGGGUUCAUUGAGCGCCAUGAGGUCAGACAAAUGUUGAUUGCGAUUUUAUGUGAAUCAGAACUGAAGUUGGCAGAUGAAACGAUUGAAAUUAUACUCGAUAAGACAUUUCAAGAAGCUGAUGUAAAUCAAGAUGGAAAGAUUGAUAGAUCCGAAUGGCAUCAAUUUGUCUCGAAAAACCCUUCGUUAUUGAAAAUAAUGACGCUUCAAUACCUCAGGGAUAUCACGACAACAUUCCCGAGUUUUGUCUUCCAUUCGGAAGUUGAUGAAAUUGCCACUUAAGAAGCUGAUAAAGCCGUUAGCAGCCCUAUUAUGUUCAAUAAUGGGGGCGGAAUUUGCACAUAUAGCUAGUUAUCCCCUUAUUUUUUCCCUGCCUAGACUAAUGUUUUCCCAAACCAUUGAGAAGAGUUGAGAUGUUCUGAAACGUAGCCAGUCGAUAUGUUUUUUACCGUUAGUAAGUCGAUUAUGUGCUCUGGAAUACAAGUUUUAGUUUCUCAGAUUUCAAGGAAGAAAAACAACUAUUCUAUCUCAAAACAAAACAAAAAAGAAUUCAAUGAAGAGCAAAUUUUUUUCUAUCAUUUGCAUUUCAGAAUUUAUUUGGUCUUUGAUACGAAUAUAUUUGUACUGUAAUUAAGUGAUCGUUUGCGAUUAAGGCUAUCGGUUUGUCGAAUUAGUAUAUUCAUGUUUACUUACCAGCGAGAAUAAUCAGGCCGGUUUAAUUCUUUGAAUUUUUGUAUUGAGCUGAAUUCACCAAUUCCAUUGGGGCAGCAAGUAAAUGAUGCAGUUGUGCAUACUGGGUACACAAUUGAUAUGCUCCUAUUACUAGUAGUACUCUUAUUGUAUACUGAAACUUGGUAAAUAUUCAUUGCAAUAGUAAAGUCAUAAUGAUACACUUUUGUGUA